UAUAAAAAAGAGGGGGAGGUAAUUAUUUAGGGGAAGAAAGAAAGAAACAAAGUUGUCGACCACGCAAUGUGCACGGGGAUGGGUUUUAUUUAUACGGAGAGCGUCUUUUAAGAAGGAAUAAAGUCGGUUUGUUCGCAACAAUAUCGGUUUGGUAGAUUGGUGAUCGAACUGGUCCGCUAAAAGCGCACCGGACUGGAUUUGAAAAUAGUGAAUGAUAAACCGACGGACUCACAAGGAGCAGGAUUCUUUCUGGAGGUCAAAUUCACUUUUGAUGUCUUUCCACGUACAGGCUUUUAUUUUGGGAUGAAUGGCAGAAGUCUGGGGGCACGCAACUAAUCCGAGAACGUCACAGGAGAUUUUAAUUUAAGAGGUGUUUUAUUUUGAAAGAGCUGGACUAUGCAGAUGUGGAGGGUUCACAAAGGACCACUAUAGUGUCCUGGAUGUAUGUUUAUUGUCGAGCUCGCCAGGACUCUUACAAUAGUUCAAAUGGGUCCUACCUGGAUGGUCCACAUGAUGGCAAAAAGCAGAUGACUGAGGAUUUAAGUCAUGUUAGCGCCAUGAAAUGCUCUUAUUUAUCCGGUUUUCUAUUUAUUUAGUGUGUGUACAUAUGAGCAGGGAUACUUCCGAGCCUAGUUCUAGUGUCAAAGUAGAAAAUAGCGGUGGAUUGUAUUAUUUUACUUUGCCUUAUUUGUAUCCAGCACACUGUACGUCAUGGAUCGACCGAUAAGCAAGUUGUUAGAAAAGCUGAAGCUCACAGACUCGGGCAGCGCUAAAUUUAAUAGUUCCAAAAAAAAGCAGGACAUAGCCAGUAACUCCAACAACAGCAACGGCAACACUGGUAUCCCCGGGGGUGGCGGGGGGAGUCUGCCACCCACCUCCAUAGCGACCUCGCCCUCCAGACCCGGUCAGUUCUCCACAACAAGCGACGUUCCUGCAACAGGAAGACUGGGAAUGGCCCAGCAGACCGUACCUCCAGAUGGCGAGCAACCGACUCACCCUACCACCCUGGCCCCGCUGAGGCGUCGCUCCCCCCAGCAGAGGGCCUCCUGCUACCUGGGCGAAGGUGUGGACUCUCAUAUGAGGCGAGAAUCUGGCCUGGGUCCAGAGUGUGAUGCAUUCGGGUCCAAAGGGUCCUUGAAUCAGCGCCGGUACUCCUUGGAGCUCCAGCAGCUGGUCAGAAGGCAGCAUCUUCUUUCCCAGCCACCCCCGCUCUCAGUCCCGCCGCCGUACCCAGGCAACCCCGCUGGGUACGGGUCUGCUUCCAGAACUGCUGGAGGUAUGGCAGAGUCUGGCUACAUCUCAGAACCAGAAAGACACAAGCGUCUUUCUCUCCAGGAGGCGAUGUUCUACAAGCGCCUGAGCACGGGUAGUGAACUGUGGGAGAGCACCAGACCCGCGUCCCUUUCUCACCCGCCACACCGCCCGUCUGAUGUCAGCGGCGGAGGCUUUUUCUAUCCUCCAGGUCCAACCCUGAGUCCAUGCUCAUCUUUCAGCCUCCAGGAGUCGGUGCUGGUCAGCCCCAGGUCCAGCUUCGCCUCCAGCACGGCCAGCGGCGGUGGCGGCGGGGGUAGCCCCAUGGGGAGCCGCUGCAGUAGCAACCGGACCAGCGGCAUCAGUCUGGGCUACGACUCUCGUUACUCCACCUCUGGAGGUCUUCCACUACAGCAGCAGUCCCCCUCCAUGCAGUCAGGGUGCUCUGCAGCUGGAUAUGGUGCUUCUGGAAGAGCUGGAGUGACCCCCGUGGAGGCCUGGACUCAAUACCUGGACGGGGGGAUGCGUCAGGGCGAUAGCCGACACUCCUACCCACCGGCUGUUGGAAGUCCAGCUGCCGCGUGCUACCAGGCUGGCCCAGAGUGGUGGGAUGAGCAAAGGACCGGAACAAGAGGCAAAGAAGGAGGUGUGGUGGGAGAGAAGACCCGCUACUCUGACCUGCCAGGUACGCGGUACCAAGAAGAGCUGACCCGGCUUCUUCUCCGAGACGCAGCACUAGAAGGGGACAGUCUCCUGGAGGGCCUGAUGCUGAAGGAACACUCUCUGGCCCUGACGGCUCUGGCCAAACCCAGCAUGGCGCUGGGGCCGUCUUCUGCCGGGGGGCCGGUAAAGACCCAGGAGGAUGUUGGGGCAGCGGAGAACCGUCAGGAAUUCUUUGGGACCUGUGUCAAAUGUGGAAAAGGUGUGUACGGAGCGGACAACGCCUGCCAGGCUUUGGAGAACCUUUACCACACCCGCUGCUUUACCUGCGUCUCCUGUGGACGCACCUUGAGGAACAAGGACUUCUACAACGUCAACGGCUCAGUGUAUUGCAAGGAGGACUACAUGUUUUCAGGAUUCCAGGCUGCUGCCGAGAAGUGCAAUGUGUGUGGACACCUCAUUCUGGAACAGAUCUUGCAAGCCAUGGGGAACUCCUACCAUCCAGGGUGUUUCCGCUGCGUGGUGUGUGCCAAAGCACUGGACGGCGUGCCCUUCACCGUUGACCAACACAGCCACAUUUACUGCGUGGCCGACUACAACAAGACUUUUGCACCAAAGUGUGCGGCCUGUCUUCAACCCAUCUUACCAACCGAGGGCAGUGAGGAGAUCCUCAGGGUUGUGUCCAUGAACAAGGACUACCACUUUGAGUGUUACCACUGUGAGGAGUGUGGCAAGCAGCUCUCUGAUAAGCCCGGCUCGCAGUGCUUCCCGCUGGACUCUCAUCUCCUGUGCCACCCGUGCCACAUGAGCAGAAGGUGCAGCACACACUGAGGACCAUCCUGCUUUUUUUUUUGUUUUAUUUUAAUUCUCAUCAUGCAACUGCUGAUAUUAAGACUUUCUCACAGCUUUGACUUGAAUCCCCCUCCCCUCCUUGACAUAGUGCCACCUGCUGUUCUUCUGUACUGUGGGUUAUAAAGGGAACAUGGAAGAGACUACUGCUCCUCUACUGUACAAGAACAAGGGAUACUGCUAAACUCUGUACAUUGUUUUUAAAUAGCAAACAUUUUGCACUUAACUUUACUGUAAGAGAUUUGUAUUGGACUGUUUCUGUAUGCUGUAAUAAAUUGUGUUGACUAGUGGAUGAAA